UCUUCAAAUAACCGGGGGCUCUGCGGAUCGGGAGACCGCCGAUUUGACUCAAUCUUCUCCGAUUCGAAAAAUUCUGGGAUCUAAAUCAACUGCAUGUUUAGGAUUUAAACAUAAUCUCUUUUUAAUUUCUUUUUAUCCUCUUUUAGUUGAUUUCUUUUUUCAAUUCUCGGAAUUAUCUUUAUACGUUAACUCUUUCCUUCAAUCUCUUAAUCUUUUGGAAUACCUAAUCCUCUUCAUAUUCAUAAAUCAUCAUUAAUUUCCUUUCAAUCUCUUAUUUCUUUUUUUGUUUGAUUUCUAAUUGCUUCUAUGUAUUAUCUAAUUACUUUAGUUUUCCCCUUUCUAUGUCAGGCUGAUUAGCUUUGGUUUGCCGGCCAUGUAGCCCCAUUAGGGGCCGUUUAAUCUACCGUAGUAUCUGUUUCCUACCUUCUAUGGCGAGUCUCACCCUUCUAGUCUUGCUGGUCGUGUGUUGCUGCAACGGUACAAGCUGGGGUUUGUUUUUUACCUUCAAUUUUACAUGAAUCAGAGAUAAAUGUUUAUGGAUUUUUAUCAUCCACUUCAAAUUGAUUUAGUCGGGGGCUCCUUUAUCAUUCCACAAGGUUUGAUUUUGUUUCUGAUUGGUUUAAUUUAGACUCAUCUUUUAAUCCAACAUCAGGGGUUACUAUGGCUCUUUUUGAAUGCGUUAUUUGCUGCAUUCAUUUUAAUUGGCUAAUGAUCCUUUUCUCAAUUGUUUAGUUCUUGUCUCUGGGUUAAAUGUUUUCUGCCUAAAUUCUCGUUGUUGCUAUUAUUUCGUAUCUUAGCUAAAAGUUCCAUUUUUUCACAGUGUAUUUGUAAAAUUUGCGUGAGUCCCUUUCAAUUUAUGCUCGCAUACAGAGUGAUUGUUAGUAUUCCCUUUUCUUAGAUUUUACUCUAUUCGUGCAUAUAUCAUUUUAAUCCUUCUUCACCCUUUAACUUGGUUUAUCGUUUCAAAGUAGUGCUUUUGGUAUUGCUGGACUUUGAAGCUCCUUUUGUUAUCGACUUCUGGUUUCCUCCCUGCGGCCUAACUAUUUUGGGUUUGUGUCGGAUCGAUGAAUUAAGGUCUGGUUUUUUCUUUCUGGUAAAGUAGUUAUCUCCCAGUGGCUUUGUUAUUUUUGUGACUAUCCGUAGUUUUCUCCGUUGUUUUCCUACUAUUCUGUGGUUUCUGUCAGCCUAUUUCUCGGCUGGUUUCAAGUUUUCUUUCUUGUAGAAUAGUUUCUUCAGCGGUUACUUUUCUAAUCUUGGCCAGCUUUACCCAAAAAUCUUCCUUUGUUUGGUGUGUAUAAGUCCAUGUAUUGCAUAGUCUCAUGGGUGGUCCUUUUGGAGACAUAAUUGUUAUGGUGUCUCUUUUCUCUCUAUCGGUAUAUUGGUUCUGUUUAGUUGACGAUUUAAACUUCCCAGUUUUUUUUAGAACUUUGAAUUUUCUUUGGCCAAUUUGGAUGCAGCUUUUAGACUUUUCAAUUUUAAUUAAUUCCCCUUAGUCCCCUGAUGAGAUUGGCUUCCCCCUUAGUCCUUUGAUCUCAGCAUUGAGGUUGGUUAUUGUGGCAAAUCGAUUUGUUUCUGUGUGAUGUAACCUCUUGAUAGGUAUUUGUGUUAUUCCUUGACCCCAACAACUGCUCUACUCUACACCUCCUCUUAAGCAAGUAAUUUUUGCUCUCCCUCGCCAUCUCUUAACAGAUACUACACAGAUUUGACGGUAUCCUUAAUGUGGAUACUGGGUCGUGGACGCUGAAGGAAAAAGUGAACAAUGGAAUUAUAUUUCAAAUUUGGUUCAACUAGUUGAUAAACCCUGGACCCUGAUUGGUGAUUUAAACAUUAUUGUUGAUCCAGACGAAAAGCAAGGGGAAAGAAAAUAAGGCCAGCUCCUAACAAACAAAAUAUACUCCAGAUUAUAGACUCAAUGGGCUUACAAGAUGUGGGCUUUGAAGGUGCACCUUUCACGUGGUCAAACAACAGAAAAGGCGAUGCAAAUAUUUGCGAAAGAAUCGACAGAGCGUUAACUUCCUUUCUUUGGACACAGGUAUUCCCGGAUACAAAAAUUACGCAUUUACCUACAGUUGGUUCUGAUCAUAAAAUUAAAACUUCAAAAGCCCUUUAGAUGUAUCAGAUCUUGGCUUUCACACUCUAGCUUACCCGAAGUAGUUAAAGCUUCUUGGGAAUCUCAUUCCACCUACUCAACUAAUGAUAAUUUUUCCCUCAAACUCCAACUACUGUCUUCCGAUCUUGCCUGGUGGAACUCGGAUAUCUUUGGCAAUAUACAUAAAAAUAUCAGGAACUUAAACAAUAAAAUUGAGAAUAUCCAUAGAACCGGAAAUAUUGCCAAAGAUAUAGAUAAGCUUAAGAAGCUCCAAGAAAAACUAGGUAAAUGGUACCAGAUCAAAAAUGACUACUACCAUCAGCUGUCGAGAGAUAAAUAUUUCAAAGAAUAUGACAGAAAUACAGAAUAUUUUCAUGCCACUGCCUCCAAUAGGAAAAGAAUCAACUCCAUCAAUACCCUUAGAGAACCUUCCGGCUUAUGGCUAUCGGACAAAGAUCAAAUAUACUCCCUUCUGAUUAAUCAUUUUUCCCAAAUUUGCUCAUCCUAAAAAAACAGUUGUAACUUUGAUCUGUCCAGCAUCGUAAAACCGUGCAUAUCUGAAGAAGAAAAUUUAUCUCUACUAAAGAUUUCCUCAAAAAAUGAAAUCCGGCUAACUCUCUCCAAUUUGAAUCAAUGGGGAGCGCCAGGGCCGGAUGGUUUCCAACCAGGUUUUUUUAAGGCUAGUUGGGAGGUCUUCGGCCCAGACAUUAUCAAUACAGUCCAAGAGUUUUUUAAAACAGGGGUUCUUGAUAAGGAAUUGAAUCACUCCUUCAUAACCCUAAUUCCAAAAAUUUCAACUCCCCAAAGCCCGACUAAUUUUAGGCCAAUAAGUCUAAGCAACACCAUAUACAAACUCAUUUCAAAAAUUCUUGCAAGCAGAUUAAAGCCCAUCCUUAACAAAAUUAUCUCCCCUAACCAACCUGCUUUCCUUCCCGGUAGACAAAUCAUCGACAACAUUAUAAUCGCCCAUGAGCUCAUCCAUUCAAUGAAAAAUUCUAAAAAGAAAAAAGGCCAUCUAGCUCUGAAAUUAGACCUGUCAAAGGCCUUUGAUAGAGUGGAGUGGAAUUUCAUAGAGAAAACGCUCCUUAGUUUGGGUUUCGAUGAAAGGUGGACUGACCUCAUUUUUCAAUGCAUCUCUACCACAUCUUUCUCUAUCCUUCUCAACGGCUCCCCUGGUUCAAAAUUUAGAACAUCUAGAGGAUUAAGACAAGGGGACCCUCUCUCGCCUUACUUAUUCCUAAUCUGCAUGGAAAUUCUUUCCAGACUUCUAGAUAAGGCGAUUUCCGGGAAGAAAAUAUCCGGUUUCCAGAUCAAUAAAGAAGCUCCAAACAUAUCCCAUCUUUUCUUCGCAGACGAUUGCUUUCUUUUCACAAAAGCCGAUUUAGGGGAAACAAAGAAUCUUCUGGAAAUCAUCUCUCUCUUCGGAGAUAUAACACGCCAAAUGAUAAAUCUACAAAAAUCAAGUGUACAUUUCAGUCCAAAAAUUCACCCUAAACAUGGAAAUUUUUUAGCCAGAAUCCUAAAAGUUCCUUUAAUGACAAAAAAUGAUAGAUACCUCGGAACCCCCCUUUUAUUUGAUAAAAACAGGAAAACAAAUUUCGAACCUCUUCUACAGAAAUAUUACUCAACUCUACAAGGAUGGAAAUCGAAACUCCUCUCUCAAGCAGGGAGGACAGUUCUGAUAAAAUCUAUCCUCCAAGCUUUUCCAACGUACCAGAUGCAAGUUCUUGCUCUUCCUAAGGAAACUUUAAACAAGUUGGACAGAAUACAAAGAAACUUAUGGUGGAAUAAAGACGGGCAAAAACGGCAAGGAGGUUUCGUUAGGGCUUGGAAAUAUAUUUGCAAACCCAUUGCGCAAGGAGGCCUAGGUAUAAAAAACCCACACCACUUCAAUAUUUCCCUUCUCACUAAACUAGCCAGCAGAUUAUUAUUAGAAAAGGAGCAACUUUGGGCAAAAAUCAUCAAGGCAAAAUAUUUCCCAUAUUCAAACCCUCUGGAAGAAUCAAAAAUUUCCAACCUAUCGUGGAUUUGGACAAGCAUCCGAAAAGGACUGGAAUUAAUCAAAGAAAACUUUAUCUGGCAAGUGAAAAAUGGAAACUCGAUAAAUGUUUGGGAAGAUAGAUGGAUUCCAAAUGAGGAAAUACUCCCGCAACCUCAAGUUUCUCAGGGUACAAUUCCAACAAAGGUUCAAGAAUUUAUUACAGAAGAGAACAAGUGGGACCAAAAAAAACUAAACAUUUACUUUAGCCCGGAAGUGAGAAAUAAAAUUCAAGCAAUCUCUCCAAGAAAAGAGGAAGAAGACAACAUAAAAUGGUUACAUCAUCAAUCAGGACUUUUCUCAGCAAAAAACAUUUACAAUUUCCUGGCAAACCAAACUCAAGAAGAAGACAUUUCCUUAUUAGAUUUCCCAUGGAAAAAUAUUUGGAGAAUACAAGCAAUUCCGAGAAUUAAGCUUUUUGUGUGGAAACUAUCUGGGAAAGCUUUACCCACAUCGUCGAGACUGGGGGCCCAUAAUUCGGAAAUCGAUACAAACUGCCAACUGUGGAAUAUGCAAGCUCAGGAAACGGAGAAACACCUGUUUGGAACAUGCCCUUUCUCCAGAGCCAUCUGGUUCAGUUUCUCUUUAGGUCACCUAAUUCCUUCAGAUGAUACGACAUCAAUCACAAAUUGGGUAAAAUGGUGGAUUCAAAACCCGGACCUAGAUAAUUUAACGGGGAAAAUUGCAACAAUAUUGUGGUUCAUAUGGAAAUACAGAUGCUCAGUGGUUUUUGAGAAGACAAUCCCAAAUCCAACGCAACUAAUAACUCAGAUCAACAAUUUCUUGCAAUCCAUCCCGAAAAAGAUUACUAUGAAAGGACCAGACACCAAUAAAACACAGUUGAUCAAUGCCAAGUGGUCAAACAUAAAUACUGAUUGGAUAAUCUUCGUAGAUGCCUCUUUCAAAGAAGAAGAUCUAUCAAUGGGAUAUGCGAACAUAGUGAAUUCAGUCGAUCAACACACCUUCAUGCACAUUUCAGCUGGUUCGGAGAAAGCCACUUCUGCUUUCCAUGCGGAAGCGAAAGCAUUACUCAAGGCAGUUACGUGGCUAAAAGAAAACGUGUUAUCUAGUGUCACCAUUGUAACUGAUUGCAAAUCCUUGGCAGACAAUAUCAACAAGGAUAACACAAGUCCCUUCUGGGCGGCCGAAAACACCGUACAAGGAGUAAAGACAAACCUACAUGAUCUUCCGCAAGCAAAGGUAAAGUACACUAAUCUAAAAUACAAUUCAACAGCAGACAAAAUCGCCAAGGAAGCAAGGAUAAAAUGUCUUCAACAUUUAUCCAUAAAGUUUCAGCAACAAGUCAAAAUUACUAGCAUUGUUACUAAUGUUUUCGAUAGAAACGAAAUUGUAAACCUUUUGUACUAUAUUUGCUAGUGGUUAUAUAUCGUCUUUUCAUCAAA